UUAAGUCUGCAGCACUUCACUAAUGUGCUCUGAUAUUCUCCAGGGCGGGUCACUCAAUCUGCUUCGAGCUUCCUCCUGCUAUUUUGUCUCAGUUACACUGAGCGCUCAUCUCAUGAUCUCUGCUCCUCUUUGUUCGCUUUUUUUUGGUUUUUUGACGCAAAGAUCUGAUUUUUGAUGAAGAAGACCAUCUGGAAGAGAGAGAAGAAGAAUUAUUUCUGACCACUGCAGACACAGGCAGCGAUGAAGAAGUCAGAGAUGUUUGGCUUCUCCCUGGAAACAGACGACAGGACGGAGACGGAGAAAUUACGGGACAAAGCAGACAGUGCAAAGAGGACUGGAUUGGUCUCUGCUUUGGGUUUGGGCCAGGAGGCCCCCAUGGCACCAAUGGACACUGAUCACCAGGAAAUUAUAGAUAAGACCAAGCCUGACAGACCCCAAUUCAAUCUCAACUUUGACAUAGCGAUUCGAGGUAUAGAGCAGGACAACAGGGAGACAGGCCGUGAGAAAUUUAUAAUUGAACGGCUGUUUGAUGCAGUGGCCACCAGAGACUGCACAAAGCUUGAGGGCCUGCAGGACUACCUGCACAAAAACAUGAAGAGACUCUCUGACUCCUCCUAUCAGUCAUAUGGCAAAACCACCCUCAUGAAGGCUCUCCUGCACCUCAGAGAUGGCAAGAACGAGACCGUGGAAUUGUUAAUUGAGAUUUCCGAGAGGCUGGGUGACAUUAAAGAGUUUGUGAAUGCAGCCUACACCAGCAGCUAUUACAAAGGUCAGACAGCUCUCCAUAUAGCCAUCGAGAGGAGGAGUCUCUCCUAUGUGAAACUACUGGUCAGUAAAGGAGCAGACGUCCACGCCAAAGCCUGUGGCAAAUUCUUCCAGCCACAUGACGGCCCCUACUUUUACUUUGGUGAGCUGCCUCUGUCUCUGGCUGCCUGCACCAACCAGGCUGAUAUAGUGGACUUCCUGAUGGAGAACGAAUUCCAGCAGGCGGAAGCAAAGCUGGGGGAUUCUCAGGGUAACACAGUGCUGCAUGCCCUGGUGGUGGUUGCUGACAACUCCCAGGAGAACACAGACUUCAUCACCAACAUAUAUGACCGCAUACUCAAGACCACUGACCGACUGUAUCCAAACCUGAAGUUGGAGGACAUCGAAAACAAGCGGGGGCUAACACCUCUUAAAAUGGCUGCCAAGACUGGCAAGAUAGGGCUUUUUUCUCACAUCCUGAAAAGGGAAUUCCAAGACAGCCACAAACACUUGUCCCGUAAAUUCACUGAAUGGGUUUUCGGGCCGGUCCACUGCUCCCUGUACGACCUGGCCUCGUUGGAUUCGUACGAGGAUGCCUCAGUCAUUGAGAUACUGAUCUGUGGCAGCAAGAUUCCUAACCGUCACAAGAUGCUCGAGACGGAGCCUCUGACCCAACUGCUGGAUGAGAAGUGGAAGAAGUUUGCGGGUCCUCUUUUUUUCCUCAACUUCCUGUUCUAUCUUCUCUACCUGAUCAUAUUCACUAUUGUGGGUUACAGUAAGAAGGAAGGAGAGCCUCCGUUUCCCCUCGAACACAACAUAGCGGGUUACCUGUACGUUUCAGGCCAGCUGCUGUUACUAUUUGCAAACAUCUAUUUCUUUCUAGUAGGGAUAAGAGACAUGUGCAGGAAGCGACCAAAGCUGCAGACAUUGCUGACCGAUGGAUAUUAUGAGAUUCUUUUUUUCAUGCAGGGCUGCCUCUUCCUGACCUCGGCUGGACUGUAUGUGUGGGGGCGGCAGGAGUACCUGGGCUUCAUGGUGCUGUGUCUCGCUCUGAGCUGGGUGAACCUGCUCUACUAUUCCCGAGGAGACAGACACAUGGGCAUCUACAGUGUCAUGAUACAGAAGAUGAUCCUCAGUGACAUCCUGCGAUUUCUUUUUGUCUACGUCGUCUUCCUUUUUGGAUUUUCAGCAGCUGUGGUCUCUCUGCUCAAAGAGCCUCCUGUGAAAAACAAAACACACAAUAUUAGUAAGGGGCGUCUCUUUGCUCCCCUUGACCCUGGCGAGGAGUGCGUGAAACCCUCCUUCACGAACAUCUCCUACACAACGCUGCAGCUCUUCAAGUUCACCAUCGGCAUGGGUGACAUGGAGUUCACGCAGGACUACCACUACAAGGAGGUCUUCUACAUGCUCCUCAUCGCCUACAUCAUACUCACCUACAUCCUGCUGCUCAACAUGCUCAUCGCCCUCAUGAACCGCACUGUAGAGAAGAUCAAAUUGCAAAGCAGCAGCAUCUGGAAGCUGCAGAGGGCCAUCACCAUCCUGGACAUGGAGAAAAGGCUGCCAGGUUUCAUAAGGAAGAGGUUACGCUGUGGGGAGGAGAAAAAACUGGGCACGGGUCUUGAAGAAGAUCGUCGCCGGUGUUUCAGAGUGGAGGAAGUCAACUGGAACAAAUGGAACAUCAACCUGGCCAAAAUCAAUGAGGAUCCCGGCUGCUGGGAUCGUUUACACCAGCCUGCAUCAGGCACCCCGGCGCACAGACCAAACAGAGGGAGGAGCUGGAGAGGCUUAUUCAGUGACAGCAGUAGGCAGAGGUAUCAGUCCACAGAGAUGAAUCCUCUAAGCAGCUCACAGGUCUGAAAAGACACAGUUCAGAGCUUCACUCAGCCUGACUGACCUGAGCGACGAGGCAUUCAAACCCAAAAACAGUAUUCACUUUCAGCUCUACCUUCCUAUAUGACUGAUACUCCACCGCCAGCUUGACUUUAAAUGUAAUCUUUAAGGCAAUAUUUCAGAUAGAGACAGUAAUGAGAAAGAGAUUUUUGACAUUCAUCCAGUUGACUGUAAAAAUGAAAAUGUUUCAAUGCUGUUUAUAUACCAAAAAAAACAUGAAUUUAAAACCCAUUAACUAUUUAUAACCUUCCACACAUGUCACUUUUAGCUCCAACAGGAUACAUGUCCUCUGUCUGCAAAAAAAUAAAUAAAGCUACAUCCAAAGGCA